UUAUAAUGUAAAUAAAAAUAGCAUAAUGAAUUUCCGAAGACCGCGCACACGUUCUCGACGAAACUCUUUAAAUUUUGUACUAAAUAGUGAGAAAUGGCGAAGCUUCGGUAAAAGAAUAUCUCGCAAAGACCAAGAUCAAGAAGAAGACUCAGAUGACGAUGUACCGAAAGCAGGUGAACUCAAGGAUUGGGUUGAAGAAUUUUUCGUCCGUAAGAGCGUGUGCGCAGACAAAUCGGAUCAAGAUAUCGAAGUGAAACUGAAUAAAAAACAAACUUUGAUAUUAUCUACACUAGUGCCAGAUGAAAUCCUUCUUAUGAAUAAAUUUGAUACAUCUGAUGCAAACCGUUUCGUUGGAGUCUUAUUAAUGGCUGACGUGUCUGGCUAUACAGCUUUAUCAGAAAAAUAUAACAAUUAUGGUAAAGGCGGUACAUAUAGAUUAACAGUCACCCUAAAUACCUACCUAGGUUCCCUCAUAGAAAUAAUAUAUAGCCACGGAGGUGAUGUCAUUAAAUUCGCUGGAGAUGCAUUUUUAGCACUUUGGAAAACGGAUAAAAGAACUUUUAUAAAUCAUACGAUUCAUACCGCUAUAGCUUGUGCUCUUAUAAUACAGCACUCUUUUGGUUCCUAUGAAACUGAUGUUAAAGUAAAUUUAAAGGUUAAGCUAGCUAUUUCAGCAGGAAAUCUCAUUUUUGCUCCUAUUGGAAGUGGUAUAGAUAUGAAUUAUGUUAUAAUUGGAUUACCUGUACUAGAAGCGAAAACUGCUGAGAGCGUGUGUGCCUCUGGUGAAGUAAAACUCACUCCUACAGCGUGGGGACAUUGUUACUCCAGAAAUUACGACCACACGAUUGAUGAUGAUGGUCAUGUUACAAUAAAGUCGAUAUUAUACGACCCCCAUGAAAAAGACGUCACAAAACCUUUUCUGGGAUUUGGACCUAUGAUACGACAAAUUAAGAAACCUUUUAUUUCUAUUGAGAGUCUUCCAGAUUUUCUGUAUACUGCACCUAAUGAAUUAAGUUCUUCUGACAUAUCUAAACGAAAUGAUAUCUUAAGUUUGCGGAAAACAAUAUUACUUGCUGAAGAAAAGGAUAUAGGUUCUGAAAUAAGAAAAUUUAUGAUAAGACCUAUACUAACUCAAAUAGAUGCGCAUCAGCCAUUAGAAUAUCUAACGGAAAUGCGACAAGUUUCUAUUCUGUUUAUUACUCUUAAGCCGCGAGAAUGUCCUCUCCCUCAGCUUAUAACGAUAGUUAACAAUUCUUAUCAAAUAACGUGUGAAAUUGUUUAUAAAUCUAUGGGAUGUGUAAAUAAGAUAAUUCUGUUCGAUAAAGAUGUAAUGAUUUUAGUUAUAUUUGGUUUACGAGGCUUUAAACAUGAAUCUGAAGCACAAGCAGCUUUAAAGUGCGCUUAUAGUAUUAAAAAAUCUUUGUCGGCAUUGGACGGUGUUCUGGAAGUGUCUAUAGGUGUAACAACAGGACAAGUGUAUUGUGGCGUAGUUGGACAUCCUCUUAGAAGAGAAUUCACAGUAAUCGGAGCCGUUGUUAAUAAAGCCGCCAGAUUUAUGUGCGGCUUCCGCAAUAAAAUUACGUGUGAUGAAGCUACCUUCGUAAAAAGCAAAAUGUCUAGCAACGGUUUUACACUACAGCCUCCGACCGAACUGAAAGGUAUCGUAAGACCUGGAAAGAUAUAUGAGUACACAGAAGAAAUUCGUGUAAAGGAAUUGUAUGACAUUCCUAUGAUCCCACCUUUAUUAAAUCGAGCGGAUGAAAUGGAUUACUUCAAUAAUUGGAUAAAAGAUAGCAAUUUACCGUUCCGUGAUUUUGAUGCUUUAUUACUUAUAGGUGAAUCUCGAUUAGGUAAAACUAGACUUAUGGAUUGGAUGGCUCGCAGUGCUCGAAGUAAACAGUUCAAAGUUUGCUAUGUCACAUUGACCUCUAUUCACGCCGCAACUCAAUAUCUAGCUAUAAGCCAAAUCAUUGAUCAACUCCUAGAAGUACAACAACCUUUAAAGGGUUUUGAGAAAGAGGAAAAAAUUGUAAAACUUUUAAAAUUUUACUCUGACGAUCUUUGUUAUUUAAAUAAUAUUAUCAAAGUAAGAUUCGCUUAUCAUGAAAGAUUUAACACAUGUAAUGAAAAGGAUCAGAUAGAUAAAGCCAAAAUAGUAUUUAAACAACUUUUGAUGUCUAUUCCCGAAACUUGUGUUGUCUUUUUAGAUGAUCUACAAAAUUUAGAUCCAUUAUCAUGGGAUUUUUUAUCAGUUAUGUUUGGCGUCAUGAAAAUAUUUCUUGUAUUUACAGUCACUCGAGGAAAAUUUAGUACUGUUCACAGUUGGCUUUACAGUGUGUUUAUAAGUAACAAUAUAAGGAAGAUAGUUCUAGGUCCACUAGGUUCAACUUGGAUUGCACCACUUGCUUGUCAAAUACUAGAUGUUGAUGCUGUGCCAAAUGAUCUAUGCAAUGCUCUGAGGAUAAAAUGUAACGGAAUGCCUGGUUUGAUCGAAAGUUUUAUUGUCCAUUUGUUUUCGAGUGGUGCCUUAGAGCUGAAGAAUGUAACCGACGACAAACUGGAUGAAUGGAAAGAUGAAGACUUACAAUUUCCUGAAUCUUCACUAUUACACCCAAUCGCCUUAAAUGAAUCUGAUCAACCUUUAUUGGACCAGUUAAUACAAGAUAAUUCAACAGAAGAUAUUAAAAUAUGCGUGGUCACAAUUAAAGAAGAAUUAAAGACUGAUUUAAAUGUUCAAAACAUGGAUGUAUUAAUAAUGAUUCAAAUAGAUUCCUUAACACCAUAUCAACAAUUGCUUCUAAAAAUUGCAUCUGUCAUAGGCAAUGUGCUAUCUAGGGAUCUAUUAGAAAAUAUAAUGUAUGAAAAUAAUCCACUAACUACUGCAAAAGCUAUUAAGAGACUUUUUGCUAUGCGAAUUUUUUCAUGUGCAAAUGUUAGGAAUAAAUAUAACAAUCGCAAAAUGGCUUCAAGUACAACAGUGGUAUCGGAUUAUUCUUUGCCGACGACUCAUUUGACUUGCGAAUGUUCCUUCGACUUUGACCCAGAACUAAAUGAGGACCUUCCAAAAUAUGCUUUUUGUAAAGUAAUGAAAUUUAGAAACAGAAAUUCCCGAAAAACCUGUUAUGAUCUAUUGCCACUUAAUCAGAAAAAAGAGUUUCAUUCCCGUAUAGUCACAUAUUUAGAAAACCAUAAACAGAAGUGUCCGGAUUGUGGUGGCACAGUCAUGAUUAUUCAGUCCUCUAUGAGUUUUCAUCCAAAUAUACCAUAUAGUGAAAAGCAUCGGACAUCUAGGAUUUUAGAGGAUGAAAAUGAACAAAUUGAAUCUGAAAACGAAGAUGAAUUAGAAGAAAUUGCCCAAAAUUUAGAGAGAAUUUCUACAUCCCAUGCUGUCAGAAGAGCUACAUCUGAGAUUUCAUCUAAAACAAUUAAAACAGCAGAAACUAUGUUAGUAAAGAGUGAAAUAUUAUCAAAACGUGAUUCUAGUAAAAUUGAAGUAGAAGCAAGUGGUUCACAGUUUACAUCUAUUUUGAAAACCAACCAAAAGUCAAACAAUAACAGCUCUAAACGUAGAUCAUCAAAACGAGUCACAAUGUCAAAACUCAUUUUUAGAGAUAUCAGUAUUGAAAGUAUAAAGAGUUACACUGUGUUCGACAUGUUUCGAGCCGUUGCAGAAGCCAAUAAUAAAACCGAUUGGGAAAGUCUGGGUAUAGUUGAUGAUGAAGACAAUUCAGAUGAAAAUAACAGUGACAGAAAAUCCUUUAAUAUUAAAAUUGAAAAAGGUGCAUCUCGUACAAAUUUUGAUAGAUGCACAUGUACCGAACUUAACAUAAUUAUUUUUGAACAACUCAUACAUCACGCUACUGAAGCUGGUUUGAAAUGCAAACUAUUAGAAUUUCUCAUUAAGUUUAGUAGAUUAAAUGUUCAGUCAAAUAACUGCGAGAAUGCUAUUCCAAAACUAGAAGAAGCUGAACAAUUAUGUUCUAAUAAAUCAAUUGAUAAUAUUGCUGAAUUUGACAAAAAACUAUUUUUGGGUAAAAUUUACUCUUUAAAAGCUGCUGCUUACUUAAUGUGUAACAAACUAAUGGCAGCUAAAAUCCACAUUGAAAAAGCGGUUAAAAUUUACCGCAUUAAUCUAACUAAAAUAUCAGACUAUAUGGAUUUAAAAAUUGUAAAUAAUUUUAUUAAAUUGAGGGGUCACAAAUAUCGUUUGCAAGAUUCUUCCAUGAAGUCCGAUUCUAUAUUCUGUUUAAAUAUUGCUACCAUACUUUAUUCUACAUUAGAUGAUAUAAAAACGGCAAGAGUAGCAGCUUUUCGCGCACUUUAUUUAGCACAAAGAGUAGAAUGUAAUAUUGUUGACCUAUGUGACGUUUUCUCAAACGCUAUCCAAAUUGAAAUUGACCAUGGAAAACCAGAACUUACUGAAAAUAUAGAACGUGGAGCUAUAAAUGCUCUGAAGAACUUGGAUGAACCUAUUCAAGCUGAAGAACUAUAUGCCAUCGGAAAACUAUUUAUGGCAUCGUUUCGUGCCCGCUGUGCACGAGCUAAGCUUACUGCUUCCAUUCGCUCGGGAUUUAGAGCAUUAGUUGUAAGCCGAUUUCUCCACGCAGACAAAGUAUCAAUAGACAUCAUACCUGACUUAUUUUACAUGCUAUUAAGUCGCAGCCGAAUAGAAGAAUCGGUAGAUGUUAUGAAGCUUUUGUUAGAAUUAAGUCAAACUUACAACUCUCUUGACUGUGAAACUUGGUAUUAUGCACUUUCUAUUGAUAUGAUCCUUGACUGUGGAUUUCAAUUGGAAUCUCCUCAAGAAAUAAGCCGAUUUGCUGAAUACGCAAUAUCAACAGGAAAAUUUGCUGGAGACAGCAGAAGGCGUUUAGUAGUUGGAAUAUGGACAUAUUGGCUUCGCGCAGAUAUCGAACGUAAGGCUAAACGUUUCGAAAGUGAAGCACUGAAUUGGUGUGGUAAUGAUAGUGAUGAUGGUUCCUUGAAGACCCUAAUUAGCGCUUUGAGAUUAGCCGAAGGAAUGCUAGAAAGUUUAGCAAGAAAAGUUGAUGACUUAAAAAAGGUGGUGGACCUAAUGGAACUACGAUCACUAGCCGACAAAGAGCUUAUGCGCCUAGAACGUGACUCUAAAGUGCUUAAAUCUAUAUGGCCUAGAUGGUUACUGCUAAAAGCUAAUUCUUUAAAUUUAUCUGGUCGUAAUACCGCAAAUAAUACAUUUCUUCAGGCUUUGGACGAAGCCCGGAAAAUCAAGAACCGGUUAGAAGAAUCCUUAGCUCGAGCUGCAUUUGCCAAUUCUCAGUUUUGGAUACAAAGUGUAAAAAAGGGAACCUUUUUGGAAUGGAAAAUAGGAGCCGAGCACGCGCGAACAUCUUGGCAUCAACUCAUGUACAAAAUAAAUAUUUCAAGAUAAGAACAGAUUAUUUUUUAUUAGCAAUCUUAUUAUUUACAGCAUAGCAUCCAGCAGCGGAUUCACACGAGAUUUUGGAUGUUAUUUAUCACAAUUAAAAAAAUUAAAUACGAUAUUUUUUUAAGGUCGAAUAUACCUCAGUACCGUUUAAAUAUUUUUAAAAUUAGUUAACUAGGUACUUUCUUCAU